AUUUUUAUCGAGAAAAAAAAUGAGUACUCAAGGUAGUUCAACGAAAAAUAGCGUCUCAGCAAAUACGAGUCGAACACGGCGAACAAAAAGAAGCCGUGCUGAUAAAACUACCGUUCGAAUUGGAUUCGUUGGAGCUGGAAAAUUGGCAUCGGCCAUCAUUACUGGUCUUGUGGUUCAUCCAAGAGAUAAUCCAAAUGAAAAACCAAUUGAUCCGAAACGUAUUUAUGUUUCAGCUCCGACAACAAUAAAUACAGAUCAAUUGAAGAUCACAUUUCCGGGUAUUCGUAUAACGAAACGAAAUAUUGAUAUUUUUGGUCGUUUUGAUUGUGACAUUGUUUUUAUUUGUGUUCCUCCAACUGUGAUUCGGAAUUUAUAUAAAAUUGGCGGAACAAGACCGGCAGCAUUAACCACCAAUUAUAUACCGAAUAUGCGACAUCCAGUUUAUGUCAUGAGUUUGGUGUUUGGAUUCUCAAAUGAUCAAAUCAAAGAAUGUUUAUUGAAUCCUGAGAAUCCGGAACGUUAUACAGUAAAAUUCUAUCGAACUGUCAUCAGUCAUUCGAUUGCUUAUGGUGUGGGCAAUUGUUGGGUGGAUGCUGAACCAGAUAGUAAAAAUUUUCCCGAAUUAGUUCGUGAUAUUUUAUGCCGUAUUUGUCGUGUAGAAUAUCUACCGGAAAAUCAGAUGGAUAGUGUUUGCACAAUCAGUGGUGCCGGAUUAGCAUUUUGCUACUAUUUCAUAAAUGCAUUGGCUGAUGGUGCCGUGAAACUUGGAUUUCCACGUGCACUAGCCAUUAAAUUGGCAUCAAAAAUUGCAUCAUCAACAUCACAAACAGUAUUAAAUACUGGUGAAGGUGCAUCAAAAUUAAAAGAAGAUGCAUCAAGUCCAUCGGGUGGAGCCAUUUUCGGACAAUUGGUGCUAGAUAAAAGUGAAGUAUCAUCCGGAAUAUGUGCAGGCAUUGAAGCAGCAUAUAAACGAUCAUAUACAUUGGCUACUACAGGCAAUAGUGAUUGAAUAGAAUU